AUGUCUCAUACUCAAUGUCAGAUCCGUAGUCAGUUCGCUCUCGAAAUAUCCUGUGGACUUCUCAUUGCCAUUAAUGUUGAAAUGUUCGUCAGCACUCAGCCAAAUAUCAUGACUUGGAUCUCGAUGCUGGAAUGUCUCAUAUUCAAUGUACCGAGAAGACGGUCUCCCACCAAUAUAACACUCAUCAGCUACUCCAACUCACUCAGAUAUAACUACCUCCAGGUACCGAGAAGACGGUCUCCCACCAAUAUAACACUCAUCAGCUACUCCAACUCACUCAGACCUAACUACCGCCAGGUACCGAGAAGACGGCCUCCCACCAAUAUAACACCGAGCUACUCCAAAUCACUCAGAUCUAACUACCGCCAGGUACCUAGAAGACGGUCUCCCACAAAUAUAACACUCAUCAGCUACUCCAACUCACUCAGAUCUAACUACCGCCAGGUACCGAGAAGACGGUCUCCCACGAAUAUGACACUCAUCAGCUACUCCAACUCACUCAGAUCUAACUACCCCCAGGUACCGAGAAGACGGCCUCCCACCAAUAUAACACCGAGCUACUCCAAAUCACUCAGAUCUAACUACCACCAGGUACCUAGAAGACGGUCUCCCACCAAUAUAACACUCAUCAGCUACUCCAACUCACUCAGAUCUAACUACCGCCAGGUACCGAGAAGACGGUCUCCCACGAAUAUGACACUCAUCAGCUACUCCAACUCACUCAGAUCUAACUACCCCCAGGUACCGAGAAGACGGCCUCCCACCAAUAUAACACCGAGCUACUCCAAAUCACUCAGAUCUAACUACCGCCAGGUACCUAGAAGACGGUCUCCCACCAAUAUAACACUCAUCAGCUACUCCAACUCACUCAGAUCUAACUAUCGUCAGGUACCGAGAAGACGGCCUCCCACCAAUAUAACACCGAGCUACUCCAAAUCACUCAGAUCUAACUACCGCCAGGUACCGAGAAGACGGCCUCCCACCAAUAUAACACCGAGCUACUCCAAAUCACUCAGAUCUAACUACCGCCAGGUACCUAGAAGACGGUCUCCCACCAAUAUAACACUCAUCAGCUACUCCAACUCACUCAGAUCUAACUACCGCCAGGUACCGAGAAGACGGCCUCCCACCAAUAUAACACCGAGCUAUUCCAAAUCACUCAGAUCUAACUACAGCCAGGUACCUAGAAGACGGUCUCCCACCAAUAUAACACUCAUCAGCUACUCCAACUCACUCAGAUCUAACUAUCGUCAGGUACCGAGAAGACGGUCUCCCACGAAUAUGACACUCAUCAGCUACUCCAACUCACUCAGAUCUAACUACCGCCAGGUACCGAGAAGACGGUCUCCCACGAAUAUGACACUCAUCAGCUACUCCAACUCACUCAGAUCUAACUACCCCCAGGUACCGAGAAGACGGCCUCCCACCAAUAUAACACCGAGCUACUCCAAAUCACUCAGAUCUAACUACCGCCAGGUACCUAGAAGACGGUCUCCCACCAAUAUAACACUCAUCAGCUACUCCAACUCACUCAGAUCUAACUACCCCCAGGUACCGAGAAGACGGCCUCCCACCAAUAUAACACCGAGCUACUCCAAAUCACUCAGAUCUAACUACCGCCAGGUACCGAGAAGACGGUCUCCCACCAAUAUAACACUCAUCAGCUACUCCAACUCACUCAGAUCUAACUACCGCCAGGUACCGAGAAGACGGUCUCCCACGAAUAUGACACUCAUCAGCUACUCCAACUCACUCAGAUCUAACUACCCCCAGGUACCGAGAAGACGGCCUCCCACCAAUAUAACACCGAGCUACUCCAAAUCACUCAGAUCUAACUACCGCCAGGUACCUAGAAGACGGUCUCCCACCAAUAUAACACUCAUCAGCUACUCCAACUCACUCAGAUCUAACUACCGCCAGGUACCGAGAAGACGGCCUCCCACCAAUAUAACACCGAGCUACUCCAAAUCACUCAGAUCUAACUACCGCCAGGUACCUAGAAGACGGUCUCCCACCAAUAUAACACUCAUCAGCUACUCCAACUCACUCAGAUCUAACUACCGCCAGGUACCGAGAAGACGGCCUCCCACCAAUAUAACACCGAGCUAUUCCAAAUCACUCAGAUCUAACUACAGCCAGGUACCGAGAAGACGGCCUCCCACCAAUAUAACACCGAGCUACUCCAAAUCACUCAGAUCUAACUACCGCCAGGUACCGAGAAGACGGUCUCCCACAAAUAUAACACUCAUCAGCUACUCCAACUCACUCAGAUCUAACUACCGCCAGGUACCGAGAAGACGGUCUCCCACGAAUAUGACACUCAUCAGCUACUCCAACUCACUCAGAUCUAACUACCGCCAGGUACCGAGAAGACGGUCUCCCACGAAUAUGACACUCAUCAGCUACUCCAACUCACUCAGAUCUAACUACCGCCAGGUACCGAGAAGACGGCCUCCCACCAAUAUAACAACGAGCUACUACAAAUCACUCAGGUCUAACUACCGCCAGGUACCGAGAAGACGGCCUCCCACCAAUAUAACAACGAGCUACUACAAAUCACUCAGGUCUAACUACCGCCAGGUACCGAGAAGACGGCCUCCCACCAAUAUAACAACGAGCUACUACAAAUCACUCAGGUCUAACUACCGCCAGGUACCAAGAAGACGGUCUCCCACCAAUAUAACACUCAUCAACUACUCCAACUCACUCAGAUCUAACUACCCCCAGGUACCGAGAAGACGGUCUCCCACCAAUAUAACACCAAGCUACUCCAACUCACUCAGAUCUAACUACCCCCAGGUACCGAGAAGACGGUCUCCCACCAAUAUAACACCCAGCUACUCCAACUCAUCAGAUCUAACUACCCCCAGGUACCGAGAACACGGUCUCCCACCAAUAUAA